AUGCCGACCAUCAGCUCCAAGAAGACGUACACAGGGGGCUGCCACUGCGGCAACAUCCGCUAUCGCGCCGUCCUCGACAUCAACUCGCCAAACGUCACCAAGUGCAACUGCUCCAUUUGCCACAAGAACGGUUACGUCUUCAGCCCCCGGGUUUCUGGGUCGGAAUUCGAACUGCUCUCGCCUUCGUCCAUCGCCGACGCCACGGUCGGCGCGUAUGAGUUCGGUUCGAAGAUGCUCUGUCACCACUUCUGCAAGACCUGCGGCGUGUCGUGUUUCUUUCGGAUGGGUGUCAAGGCCAGGGGCUGGGAGGAGUCGGAGCAUGUCACCUUUGGUGUCAAUAUUCUGACACUGGACCCCGACCAAGGUCUGGAUCUGAGAAACAUCAAGCUCCGGUAUUGGAAUGGGAGGGAUGAGGAUUGGAGUGGGGCCAAGGAUGAGCCGGGUCCGAAUGGGAUUUGGUGA